UGGUAUAUAUUAAAUGUCACAUUUUUGUUUGAUUUUUUCACAGGUUUGCAAAGGAAAAAAUAUGAUGCUUUCUUUUAAGCAUCACUAUUUAACUUGUGUUAUCUUGUGACACAAAAAGUCAUAAAGCAAUGUUAAACAGUGGACUGAUGAGCAGGCCAUCAAGAUGUUUUCUUCAUGACUUUACGGACUGAGGAGGUGACCCUGCCCAAAGUUUUGCAUGCUGAUUUCCAUGUGUUCCAUUCAUGCCAGUAAAUGUGUUUAGACCCACCAGAGCCACACAGAGUCAGAGAGUGAAGGAGACUCCAUGCAGAGGACACCGCUGUCAGAGAUGGCCAUAAAGUGAGUCCCUGAUUUUUAAUGGUUCCAUCUGCAUUCUUAUUUUUGAAAUGAUACUAAUACACUUGAAUCUACUGGUCACGAGGAAUUUCAGAUUCUAAGGAUUUAAAUUGACAGGGAUGCUAUAGGAUUCUGUUAUCAAUGUAUUUGAGAUCUUUAUCACAAUCAGCUUCACCAGUGAAGGAUCUCCAUGUAAUUUUCAAGGGUAGAUUUUGUUGCUUUUCUCAGGAACCUGUUGAUGAUGUGGACUCUUGGGGCGAGUCCAUUGAGAAGCUUCUGUCCUGUAAAGCGGGACAGAUGGCUUUCCAGGACUUCCUAAAGUCGGAAUACAGUGAGGAAAAUAUUCUGUUCUGGCUGGCAUGUGAGGAAUACAAAAAGAUCAAGAGCGCACCUGAGAUGAUCAGCAUGGCAAACCAAAUCUACACGGAGUUUGUGCAAACGGAAGCACCCAGACAGGUCAAUAUUGAUUCUGGGACUCGCACAAAUAUUACAAACAACAUCUCGGAGCCAAACCUGAGCUCAUUUGAUACGGCACAGAAGAUGAUCUUCAGUCUAAUGGCGAGAGACUGCUAUCCCAGGUUUCUGAAGUCUGACAUCUACCAGUCCAUUCUGCAAAAGCAUGGAAAGAGUUGACUCCAUAAUGACUAAUGAUUAGUGUACAUCAAGUUUAACUAUUGCCAG